AUGGCAAAUUCACAUAAAAAUGAGAAACAUGAAAAGGCUAAAAAAUGCUUAUAUAAUAAAAAUGGCAUUAUUAUUGGAAAAACUUAUCAUAAAAAAAAAAGUGUGUAUAAAUCAAAAAAUAAUCAAGAUAACAAAUUAAAGCAAGAUAAAGAAAUAGAAUUAUAUAAAAAUUUUGAAGAGUAUGAGGUGCUAGAGCAAUAUAGUAAGUCAAAAUUAAUAAAUAAAGAAGAAACUAAUAAUAGCAAUGUAAUAAAAAAAAAUAUUCAAAAAGAAAAUUAUAAAUUAGUUCAAUAUAUUGAAGAUAUCGAAA